AUUUUCCAGAGCUUGUAAAUCCAACAUGAAUCUUUAUUCCUAACAUUGAACCUUAGAACAUUGAAGCUCCAUCAAUACUAGAUGCUGUUAAAAAAGACAAACACCAACACAACAAACCUGAACUGAAGAGCCAUAUUCAUCUUUAGCAAUUGAACAUCAAUCGAUUUCCAAGAUGGCUGCUCCCGUCGUGACCGUCGGCGAGACCAAGGAGCUGCGAGGUCUAAACCUCAUCGCGGCGCAUUCCCAUAUCAGAGGUCUCGGUGUAGAUGCCGACACGUUAGAACCUCGCGCGGCGUCGCAAGGCCUCGUCGGCCAAGAGAAGGCGCGAAAAGCGGCAGCCGUCAUAUUAGAGAUGAUCAAGGUUGGCAAGAUCGCCGGCAGAGCAGUUCUAAUUGCCGGGCCCCCAAGUACAGGUAAAACAGCGAUCGCAAUGGGCAUGGCGCAAUCGCUUGGCCCCGACGUGCCCUUCACAUCACUUGCAUCGUCCGAGAUCUUCUCACUCGAGAUGUCCAAGACCGAAGCCCUGACGCAAGCGUUUCGAAAGUCGAUCGGCGUGCGCAUCAAGGAGGAGUCCGAGAUCAUGGAGGGCGAGGUCGUUGAGAUCCAGAUCGACCGCAGUGUCACUGGCGGCGCUAAGCAGGGCAAGCUUACGAUCAAAACUACGGACAUGGAAGCUGUCUACGACAUGGGGGCCAAGAUGAUUGAUGCCAUGACCAAGGAGCGCGUCAUGGCCGGCGACAUCAUCUCUAUAGACAAGGGAAGCGGCAAGAUCACCAAGCUUGGCCGAAGCUAUGCUCGCAGUCGCGACUAUGAUGCCAUGGGUGUCGACACAAAAUUCCUACAAUGCCCAGACGGCGAGUUACAGAAGCGCAAGGAGGUCGUCCACACAGUUACGCUUCACGAAAUCGAUGUUAUAAACUCGCGUACGCAAGGCUUCCUAGCCCUCUUCAGCGGCGACACCGGCGAGAUCCGCAGCGAAAUCCGAGACCAGAUUGACACCAAGGUUGGCGAAUGGAAGGAAGAAGGCAAGGCCGAGAUCGUCCCCGGCGUACUAUUCAUCGACGAGGUACACAUGCUCGACAUCGAGUGCUUCAGCUACAUAAACCGCGCGCUCGAGGUCGACCUCGCCCCCAUCGUCAUCAUGGCGAGCAACCGGGGCCACUCCAAGAUCCGCGGCACCGACUACCGCAGCCCGCACGGCCUACCCCUCGACUUCCUCGACCGCGUCGUCAUCAUCCAAACCUCGACCUACUCCCCCGACGAGAUCCAGCAGAUCCUCUCCCUGCGCGCCACCGAGGAGGAGAUCGACGUCUCCGCCGACGCCCUCGCCCUCCUCACCAAGAUCGGCCAGGAGGCCGGCCUCCGCUACGCCAGCAACCUCAUCACCACCUCCCAGCUCGUCAGCGCCAAGCGAAAGGCCAAGCAGGUCUCCGUCGACGACGUCCAGCGCAGCUUCAAGCUCUUCUACGACCCCGCCCGCAGCGUCACCUUCGUCACCCAGUCAGAGAAGCGCCUCAUCGGCAACGACGGCGCCGUCGACUUCGCCAUCGCGAACAACGGCGAUGCCAUGGAGAUCAGCUAAGGUAGCUAGCUGUGACGUGCGAGGCUUACCUAUUACCUAGUCUAGGUACCUACCUCAUCAAAUCAAUCAAUCAACCAACCAUCUAAUGAAAUAUCUCGGAACGUUGCUUCUUGCUUUCUCCCCACCUUGCCCCCGGGACACCACAACAAUGGCGUUAAUGAUGGAUAUCAUCCCCCAAAAUUUUUCAAAGUGAAGAAUGAACGAUAAUAUUGAGUGAGGAAAAGGUUACUUGUUUGUAUGCUUGCUUGCUUGUAUGCUUGCUUCAAGCUCAUGAGGUAGAAGAAGAAGAAGUGGUGGUGUAUCAUACAUAGGUACUUGCGGCGUAAUGGAAUUGCAAUUGCAGACAAAGAGCUAUGUGUUUAGAAACUCUACGUUUCCUUUCCACCUCAACCUUGACCAGAUCAUCUAGAAUUAUUGUCUUGAUGCGUAGAAAGUAAGAGUGCAUAGCUACGUAC